GCCAGCCUGGGAGCAGGUGCUCAGCCCCUCCCUCAUCACCAGCAGUGAAAAUCUAGAGCUGGAGCUCAGCCUCUGGGAAGGCCCAGCAUGGAGGCAGCCACAGCUCCGGAGGUGGCCGCAGGAUCCAAGCUGAAGGUGAAAGAAGCCAGCCCAGCGGAUGCUGAACCACCCCAGGCUUCACCUGGACAGGGGGCUGACAGCCCCAGUCCCCAGCUCCUGCCCCCUAUAGAAGAGCACCCCAAGAUCUGGCUACCUCGGGCCCUGAGGCAGACCUACAUCCGGAAGGUUGGGGACACAGUGAACCUACUGAUCCCAUUCCAGGGCAAGCCCAAACCUCAAGCCAUCUGGACACAUGAUGGCUGUGCCUUGGACACCAGGCGUGUGAGUGUGCGGAAUGGGGAGCGAGACUCCAUCCUCUUCAUCCGAGAAGCCCAACGUGCUGACUCAGGUCGCUACCAACUCCGUGUGCAGCUGGGUGGGCUGGAGGCCACCGCCACCAUUGACAUCCUGGUGAUUGAGAGGCCAGGCCCUCCUCAGAGUAUUAAGCUGGUGGACGUUUGGGGCUUCAACGCUACACUGGAAUGGACACCUCCCCAAGAUACGGGGAAUACAGCACUUCUGGGAUACACGGUGCAGAAGGCUGACACAAAAUCCGGGCUGUGGUUCACGGUGCUAGAGCACUAUCACCGCACCAGCUGCAUCGUCUCUGACCUCAUCAUCGGCAACUCCUAUGCCUUCCGCGUCUUUGCUGAAAACCAGUGCGGACUCAGUGAAACAGCCCCCAUCACCACGGACCUCGCCCACAUCCAGAAAGCAGCUACUGUUUACAAGACCAAGGGGUUUGCCCAACGAGACUUCUCUGAAGCCCCAAAGUUUACCCAGCCUCUGGCCGACUGCACUACAGUUACCGGCUAUAAUACCCAGCUCUUCUGCUGUGUCCGCGCCUCUCCCCGGCCCAAGAUCAUCUGGCUGAAGAACAAGAUGGAUAUCCAAGGCAACCCUAAGUACAGAGCCCUGACUCACCUGGGAAUCUGCUCCUUAGAGAUCCGCAAGCCGGGUCCCUUUGAUGGAGGCAUCUAUACCUGCAAGGCGGUGAACCCCCUAGGGGAGGCGUCUGUGGACUGUCGGGUGGAUGUGAAAGUUCCUAAUUGAGGACACCUAAGAAGGCGUGGUACUCUGACAAAGCCAGUGCCCAGCAAUGAAGUGAAUUCAUGGCACAAGAGCCAGGUACCAUGACAACAGUGCCCUCAGCAGCCUGGUGUCCUCUGGCCAUUUGCUGUCAUGGCUACAAAGUGCUCCCUCUUUUCAGUGCCUCCAGGAAGCCCGCCAGUGGUGAGACUGUGUCCUCAAGGAGCUUCGGCACCAUGUCUGGUUUGGAUUCAUCUAAAUAAAUAUGUGUUUCCCCAGUG